AUGGCGCUGGGUUGGCUUGGCCAACGUCGCAUCGUGGCCAGACGGUGGAAUGCGUGGGUGACUUUGUUCAUGACGCUAAUGCUUGGGGUAACGUCCAACGCAGCUGCGCUGGCAACGAAGACUCUGCAGCCACGCGCCCCAAUUGCUGAUGGUAUUGAACUGAGAGUGCUUCCUAUUGGAGAUUCGAUUACCUGGGGAGCACAGAGCUCUGACGAUGCAGGCUACCGCAAGUACCUCCAUGAUAUGCUCGACGCUCGAGGGAACGAAGUGGACUUUGUGGGAUCAGUCACGAGUGGAACUGACCUCGCUGAUAAUGAGCACGAGGGACAUCGAGGCGAGACCAUCGAGGGGAUUACUCAUGAUAGCCUGACUGGGAUCUACGCCGCCACCAACAUUGUUCUGCUCCAUGCCGGGACGAAUGACAUGAAGGGUGAUGUUGAUGUAGCAAAUGCACCCAGCCGUCUAGGGGACUUGAUUGAUUUGAUCUUCGAGCAUUCUGAGGAUGCAGUGCUCCUCGUUUGUCAGAUCAUUCCCUCGACAACAAGCGCGUACCAGACUCGGAUUGACGACUUCAAUGCAGCGCUGCCUGCCCUAGUGGAGGACUAUACCGCCAAGGGCAAGAAGGUGGCUUUGGUGGCGAUGAACAAGGCCCUCACUACUGCUGAUCUGGCGGAUAACCUGCAUCCAAAUGAUGGAGGGUACAAGAAGAUGGCAGAUGCAUAUUAUGCGGCCAUUGAGGCUGUUGAUGAAAAGGGUUGGAUCUCGAAGCCAGGUGAGUAUCUCAGCCCGCCAACGAAUUCAACGUCUUCAGAGGGUUGCAAGGCAACACCAUCGUGGUACAAUGUCGGCCGGAUCGCAACUGGCGCCAAAGUUGCUACUUCUGAUGGUCUGUUCCAGCCUUCGUGGUAUAAGAAGGGUGUUAUCGCGGAGGGUGCCUGCCCCCGAGCUCAGCUCCACUUUAUGGACCUUGAUGGGGAUGGGCUGAAGGAUUACGCUUGUGUUGAUCCGACAACGGGAGCAACGGACGUCUGGCUUAAUAUUCCAGAUGCCGAUGGAAAAUCCUCUGGAAGCUGGAAUAAGCUGGGGGAAGUGGCGACGGGUGCAAAGGGGCGAGAUGGCAGGGGGGUGAUGUUUGCCGAUUUAAAUGGCGAUGGCAGGGAUGACUAUAUUUAUGCUGACCCAGAUACUGGAGACGUUUCAGCGUGGAUCAAUCGGUUGAAGAGCGAUUCGGGUGUGUGGCAGUGGCAGUCGCUCGGCCGCAUUGCCGGGGGAGUUGGUGCUACCAACGACACUCUUCAAAUGGUGGACAUCGACGGUGAUGGAAGAGCUGAUUUCUGUCUCGUUAAUCAGAGCACUGGGGAAGUCACCGGUUGGUUGAAUACCGGGGCGGAUGUUAUGCCUGAUUACUAUAAACUGGGUGUCAUUGCCACUGGAGGCUCUGCUGCCCCGGGAACAACAGUGUACUUGGGUGACUUUACAGGCGAAGGAAGAGCCGACUAUAUGAUUGCUGGCGAGGGGGGCAAGGUAAAGGCAAUGACCAAUCGGCUGCGGGAAACCACUCUCAUCCCCCGGUGGUUGGACGCAUUUGUUCUUGCAGAAGGGCCCGAUGGUGCUGAACAAGACCAAGUCCGCCUGGUCGACAUGACCGGUGAUGGCAGGGUAGAUUAUUUGCUUGUGGAUGAGACAACCGGAAAGGUCACUCUCUGGGAAAACAACGGCACUGGAGGGAAGUACCAACCUGGAGAAGGGGUUAUCCUAUGUGACUUGGAUGGCGAUGGCACUAGCGAUUACUUCUGGGUUGAUCAUACUGGCAAAGGCUGGGGCUACCUCAACACAGGCAAAGGCACCGACAACUGGAAUGACUUGGGGCAGAUUGCGUACGGGGAUCACAAGCGGGAGAAUAUUCGAAUGGCACGCCUGACAUCAAGCAAGCGUGCCGAUUAUGUGGUUCUUGAUGAAACCACGGGGCAAGCCGAGUGGUUUGAGAACUUGGGCCCGGAUCAAGGCUGGGGCUGGAGGUCUCGCGGGGAGAUUGCAGCAGGUCCCAAAACCACCAUCGAAACCCAGUUUGGCUGGCAGUUCAAGGCCAAGAACGUACGAUUCGCCGAGUAA